GGAGGCAGUGGCCACGGGCAGGCAGCUGAGGGCUGGGAUCCCCCACCCUGAUAGGAACCCCAAAUCCUAGAUACAGCCUGGUCCCAGUUGGCCUGUGGGAUUUACAGGCCAUUUACUCUGUACUUGCGUCUCGUGUCAAAUGUUUCCCGAGUAGCAUUACGAGAGAUGUGGGUUCGAAUUCUAACUUCUCGCCUACUUCCUGAGUGAUCCCAGCUGAUCACGACCCCUUGCAGGGUCUUGGUCUUUCAUCUCUUGGGUGAAGAGGCUCAGCUGAUGAUUUAUGAGGAUAUCUCCUGUUCUGAAACUGUGAUUUGGAUUCUAGACCUCCACAUGAGUUUCCAGAGGCCUUGCCAGGACACAAGAAUCUGACGUGACAAUGGCUUUGGACCAGACUUUCUGCUCAGCCCAGCUCAUCUUUGCUUGAGACGUAGGUGUGGUCCCGGGGCUGGACAAGCCUCACUUUGAUCUGUUCCUCUCUCCACCCCCUAGCUCCAUAUACUCAGAGGAUUUCUCCUCCACAGCAAAACCGGGAGGAAUCCCAAGCCCAGCAGCAGCCAUGGGGGCCUGUGUCAUCGUGACCAACACCAACAUCUCGUCUGGUCUUGAAAGCAACACCACGGGCAUCACAGCUUUCUCCAUGCCCACCUGGCAGUUGGCACUGUGGGCCACCGCCUACCUGGCCCUGGUGCUGGUGGCUGUGACAGGCAAUGCCACAGUCACGUGGAUCAUCCUGGCCCAUCAGAGGAUGCGCACGGUCACCAACUACUUCAUCGUCAACCUUGCCCUGGCUGACCUGUGCAUGGCUGCCUUCAAUGCCGCCUUCAACUUCGUCUAUGCCAGCCACAACAUCUGGUACUUCGGCCGUGCCUUCUGCUACUUCCAGAACCUCUUCCCCAUCACAGCCAUGUUCGUCAGCAUCUACUCCAUGACGGCCAUCGCCAUCGACAGGUACAUGGCCAUUGUCCACCCUUUCCAGCCACGGCUGUCGGCCCCCAGCACCAAGGCAGUAAUUGGCGGCAUCUGGCUGGUGGCCCUGGCCCUUGCCUUCCCCCAGUGUUUCUACUCUACCAUCACUGAGGACGAGGGCGCCACCAAGUGUGUAGUGGCCUGGCCCGAAGACAGCAGGGACAAGUCCCUGCUCCUGUACCAUCUGGUGGUGAUCGUCCUCAUCUACCUCCUGCCGCUCACUGUGAUGUUUGUGGCCUACAGCAUCAUUGGCCUCACGCUGUGGCGGCGCGCAGUACCCAGACACCAGGCGCACGGCGCCAACCUGCGCCAUCUGCAGGCCAAAAAGAAGUUUGUGAAGACCAUGGUGCUGGUGGUGGUGACAUUUGCCAUCUGCUGGCUGCCCUACCAUCUCUACUUCAUCCUGGGCAGCUUCCAGGAGGACAUCUACUGCCACAAGUUCAUCCAGCAGGUCUACCUGGCGCUCUUCUGGUUGGCCAUGAGCUCCACCAUGUACAACCCCAUCAUCUACUGCUGCCUCAACCGAAGGUUUCGCUCUGGAUUCCGGCUGGCUUUCCGGUGCUGCCCGUGGGUCACACCGACCGAGGAAGAUAAGCUGGAGCUGACUCACACUCCAUCCUUCUCCUUGAGGGUCAAUAGGUGUCACACCAAAGAGAUUUUGUUUAUGGCUGGGGACACGGUACCCUCUGAGGCUACCAAUGGGCAGGCUGGGGGUCCCCAAGACAGGGAGUCUGUAGAGCUCUCAAGUCUUCCUGGCUGCAGGGCAGGACCUAGCAUCCUUGCAAAGGCAUCCAGUUGAAGACCGGAUCUGAAAGCUUGGCCAUGCCUGCCCUAAUUUAAUCCACUAGUGGGAAGCAAGAUGGCCCCAGGAACUCUACAGGGGGAUGCAAGCACUAAGAGGACUCAGCUACCCAUCUCAAGGUCCAGGGAUCCAAAAACGUCAGAGAAGACUGUGAAGCCAGCACUUUCCCAGGGCAGAAGCCACAAGCUCAAAUGUCUUCCUGGGCAUACAACAUAAUGAGUAAAUUAGAUGUAGCACAAAAGAAAAACUGCAAACAUGAAGAUAAAAAGCAACAGACUUGCAGCCUCAGUGCUGGGGUUAUGGAAAGGCAGGGACUGGGAUAUACAUUCAAGAGACCGGCUGCUCAGUGUCCCACAGCUGCGGUAAUGUACGAUAGGGAUGUAAGGUCAUGGAAGCCCACUGUUGCCAGAUCUUCCAAGAACAGCUGGAAGUCCAAAUUUGCAUGCGAGAACCCUCUGGAUUUGCUACUUCUGGCUCACAAAAAUGUCUGUGGGCAGCACACAGCCAUGCCACUAAUGCAUUAUGGGACUACAGAAGGAAAGAGCCACCUUACUUUGCAAAGUCCACCCACUAACAAGUCAACCUGGGAUUUCUCUGCUUUGGAAUCUAAGAGGUGGAAAGCCACCCUGAGUAGAUGUGGCUAAGAGUCAGGAAACCUCAGCUGUGCCUUGGGCAAGUCCGUCUGACCCCCAGCCUCUUCUGCCCAGUGGCAAAAGUACCACUCAGGGCUGCUCUGAGGAUCAGUGGAACUGAUGCCUACGAACUCACAGGCCACACACGGACUGUAUUCAAUAAACCAUGGCCACGCUUAUCUUUACUCUGCCAACCAGCGACCCAGCUCCCACCUCACUUCGGCAGCAAGAAGCCAGCAGGCAGAGAACUAUCCAGGUCCUGUAAUGCGCCAGGCUUGGCCUAGUCCAGCCACAGGCACGGCUUUCCCCACACAAAUUUCCAGGGCCCCUGCAGAACCGUGUGCCGCUGUAAAUGCACACCAAGUCAAUGUCAGCUGUGUUCUCCACAGAGGUCACUGUGUUAAACACUGGCACUACAGGUACCUCAAUAAAACUCUGAUCUCACCAA